CAGCGACGGCCAAUCGUGGGCUCUGGAUUUGGGCGGCGUGACGCUCAACCACGUCAUCCGAUCAGCAAAGCCUGAUCCCUACCGGACAGCCUCUGGAGAAUCUUGGACCUUGGACGUGCGGGCAGGAAAACAAGGGAGAAGAAAAAAAAGGGAAAGAUGGCGGCGGCGGUGCUCUCAUUGCUUUUGGCUUCCCAUUUCAAAACCCGCACCGCCGAAUCCUGCGUGGGACAGCAGGGCUCUACGCACGCAAAGACGUCUUCGCCCCGAAUCCAAAACCGUGCUGCUGCCUCCUCUUCUUGGCCCCCUCUCGAGUGAAGCCGUAUCCGUCCGCCUACAUCUCACCCCCCGUCAUCGGCCUCGCCCUUCACCCACUCGGCCAGGCUUUCGUGCAUUUGGUCUCAGGGUCCAGCGUGCCAGCCUCAGGGAUCACCCGCGUCCCCGUCGCAGCCCAGCGGGCCACUGCAGACCGGUGUGCUCAGUUCAGGGCGACGCCCAACCGACGCCUGCGAGACAUAAAAGUGACCCCCUUUCUUGCCACCUGAUCUUCGUCUCCAUCGCCAUCUUCGCUCAGCAGAGUGUGCCUCUCAUCUGCCCAGCCUUCACCCUCUUCCUCGUCGUACUACAAAGGGCCGACGCUAGACUGAAGAGACCAGUCAGUUCUUCGGUGCCUGUGCCGAUCAUCACCAAGAAAGCCGGGCACAACUUCGCUUCCGACGUCAGCCGCCCCAUCCUCGUCGAAAAAUUGUCUCUUUAUUUUUAUACUAUUCGACAAGGUCUACCUACUUGCGGAACUUGCUCCAGUUGCAACGGCUUGACGAUCGAUCCAUCUUGCCAUUGUCCGCGGAUCUACGCCGUCGGCCAGGUUCUCUAGCCUCCUAUUCGACAUGGCUCGUCCGUCCAAGUACAACGGCGUCCCCGUGAAGAAGUAUGUCUACCUGGAGCCUCCCACCCCAGGCUCGGUGACAGUGCGCAAGCGCGUUACCAGCAUCAUCCCAGCGCCCUGCCCGACGCCCCCGCCCCCGCCGCCGGUCGUCGUGCUGCCGCCUCCGCCGUGCCCGCCGCCGGUGUUCGAGUGCCCUCCUUCUCCCUGCCCGCCGCCGGUGUUCGACUGCCCUCCCCCGCCGCCUCCGCCCCCGCCCGUCUUCGAGUGCCCGCCGCCCCCGCCAAAGGUGAUCCCGCUGCCGCCGCCGUCGGAGCCCGAGACCAUCGACGUCAUCUCGGUCGACGUCGACCCCAAGCCCGAGAAGAAAAAGAAGAAGAAGAAGCACCACCACCACAGGCGCGAGCGGAGCAGGUCCAGCAGCCGCAGCAGCCACAGCCGCGAGGUCUACGUCGAGCGCGAGCGCGAGCGCUUCGUGCCCGUGCCCGUGCCCGUCGUCGUGCGCCGCGAGCAGGAGUACGAGACGUUCCGUUACGUCGACGCCGCCCCGCCCAGGCCCGUCCGCUACCUGCCCGCCCCGCCCUCGCCGCCGAGGAGCCGGAGCCGGAGCCGGGACGACGACGAUCGCCUGAGGGUCUCCAUCUACGACCAGCACCGGAGGAGAGAGUACUACCCCUGAUCUGGCUCUCCCCGCUACGUUUGGUGCCAACCAAUCCUUGUAUUCUCUUGUCAUUUUUUUGCGGGGUGCCUUUUACUUUUGUUUCUUAAUGUUGGUAUGGUGGUAUGAGUUGACGAGCGUCUUUGAGGUGUGCUUUUCUUUCUCUCUUUCGCGGUGUAUGCCAUGUGAGUUUGGUUCAUCCGGUAGUCGUGGCGUAUGGUUUUCGCGGGAACAUAAGGAGUUUAUUUGACGCAAAGUAGGACAAACCACUGGAGGGUCCUAUCUUAAUACAUGAAGAUGGCAACUCUCACUACUACGUUCGGGGUUGAGGCCGUGUUGCUGUUCUCUUGGACAAGCUCAUGAUUUGAUGGCCCAGAUCUCACGUUUGAUAAAAGUGAUGUGUUUCUUCAAUCAUACCUGAUAAGAAUAUCCUCGGCGGAGGUGACUCCAGUUUCUCAAAUUAAGCAU